AUGCCUCCACCAUACACUUCCAUAUUUGAAAGCACCAAAUCGGCUACAAUAGGCGCUCCAGAGUUGAUGAACCAGCAUCGCGAGACGACUACCGAUGCAGGAGUCAAAUACCAAGGAUCUGCUAAGGCUGAAGGCCCUCCAGGUCCUCCGGGCCCGCCCGAGAACCAGUCCACCCUUAGAGUUACCUGUCUGAUCGUCUCGGCUUUUGUCGCCAUGUUCCUGGUCGCGCUGGACAGAACAAUCAUCUCGACGGCAAUACCCAAAAUCACCGAUGAAUUCAAUUCCUUCGACGACGUUGGCUGGUAUGGAAGUGCCUACCUGUUAACAUGCUGCGCAUUCCAACUCUUGUUUGGCAAUUUGUACAAGCUAUUUUCCGUCAGAAUCGUCUUCCUUGCCAGUAUUAUAGUGUUUGAGGUUGCCUCUGCCAUCUGUGGAGCGGCUCCGAAUUCAGUGACCUUUAUAGUCGGAAGAGCGAUCUGUGGAGUCGGUGCUGCUGGUAUCCUCGCCGGAACUAUAAUGUGCAUCAUCCAUUCCGUGCCUCUCCAGAAACGUCCACAAAUUCAGGGACUGUUCGGUGCCCUUUUUGGUACUGCCUCUGUCGUAGGUCCCUUGAUUGGUGGCGCCUUUGCAUCGAACGUGACAUGGAGAUGGUGCUUUUAUGUUAAUCUGCCAAUUGGUGGCGCCGCCAUGGUCUUGAUUGCCUUCUGCCUCAAUGUCCCCAAGCAAGAUAUAGCAAGGAUCUCCUGGACCGAGAAGCUGCUGCAACUAGAUUUCUUUGGCACUACGCUUCUGGUAUCUGGUAUUGUCUGCCUCAUAUUGGCACUUCAGUGGGGUGGUCAGAUGUAUGCUUGGAGCAGUGGCCGCGUCGUGGCUUGCCUGGUUCUCAUGGUCAUCUUACUUCUUGCUUUUUUCGUCGUCCAGGUUUUCUUUCCAAAGACAGCGACGCUUCCCGUGCGCAUCUUUUCGCAGCGCAGUAUCAUUUCGGGCUUCUGGCAGACACUCUGCGUCGGCUCUGGAAACUAUAUCUUUGUGUACUUCCUCCCGAUCUGGUUCCAAGCCAUCAAGGGCAGUUCCGCCGUGGAGUCCGGUAUCCGCGUGUUACCGAUGAUGAUAUCAAUGGUUGUCGGCUCGAUUAGCGGUGGGAUAACAAACUCCAAGAUCGGAUACUACACCCCACUAGCGGUCAUCGGAUCCUGCAUCAUGUCCGUCGGAGCUGGUCUCCUCACCACCUUCCAGGUUGAUACCGGCGAGGGAAAGUGGAUCAAUUAUCAGAUCGUCUACGGAAUCGGUCUGGGCUUGUGUUUCCAAGUCCCCAACCUCGCCGCGCAGACCGUCCUUCCGAAGGCAGACGUGCCAUCUGGGCUAGCACUGAUGCUGUUCGGUCAGCUGAUAGGGGCAGCCGUCUUUGUCUCCGUCGGGGAGAAUAUCCUAGCAAAUCAGCUCGCGGGGAGACUUUCUGGCCUGUCAGGGUUCAACCCCCGCCUUGUCACAUCCGCAGGUGUCACGGAGCUACUGAAUACAAUGCCGGCAGAUCUGCACGACACGGUCCUCCAUUCUUACAAUGAAGCGCUGCGGAAUGUGUUUCAGAUCGGUUUGAUUAUUUCGUGUUUGACAGUACUGGGUGCGGCUACUCUGGAAUGGAAGAGUAUCAAGAAGGGACAGCCAAAGCCCGAUGCCGAGAAUAAUGCGCUAGCUGAAGGGGAGCAGACUGCAGAAGCGGCGGGAGAUAAAUAG